AUGGCGUCGUUUCUCGAAAAUACUUACAGUUUGCUCCAUGUGGACAAUACUGCCGACCAGCCGACCGUGCAGGAGCUGAAGCUGCAGCUGGAGAAAGGCAACGAUGAGACCAAGUUGGAAACCAUGCGGACAAUUGUCACCAUUAUGUUGAAUGGAGAUCCCAUGCCGCAAAUCCUAAUGCACAUCAUUCGAUUUGUGAUGCCCUCGAAAAGCAAGGCAUUGAAGAAGUUGCUUUAUUUCUUCUAUGAAAUCUGCCCGAAGCACGAUGCCACCGGCAAGCCUAAGCAGGAGAUGAUCCUGGUCUGCAACGGCAUUCGCAACGAUCUUCAGCACCCCAACGAAUACAUUCGCGGCAAUACUCUACGAUUCCUCUCUAAGCUUCGCGAACCUGAGCUCAUCGAACCCCUCCUUUCCUCCGCACGUUCAUGUCUGGAACACCGCCACGCCUAUGUUCGCAAGAAUGCGGUUUGGGCUGUGUCCUCUAUUUUCCAGCACUCCGAGUCACUCAUUCCCGAUGCGCCGGAGCUGCUUCAGACCUUCCUCGAGUCGGAGACCGAUAGCACCUGCAAGCGCAAUGCCUUUGCAGCACUCAUGUCCAUCAGCCACCAAAAGGCACUCGAGUAUCUGCGCACUACAUUCGACACUAUUCCAAACACAGAUGAGUUGCUCCAGCUAGCAGAAUUGGAGUUCCUCCGGAAGGAUGCAGUACAGAACACUCAGAACAAGUCACGAUACUUGAAACUCAUGCUCGAACUCCUCGAUGCCUCCACAAGCACCGUUGUUUAUGAAGCCGCAACAUCUCUUACCGCUCUCACAAGCAACCCUGUUGCCGUCAAAGCUGCUGCGGGCAAGCUGAUCGAGCUCGCCAUUCGGGAGGCUGAUAACAACGUCAAACUUAUCUGUUUGGAUCGCGUGGAUCAACUUAGAGUCCGCAAUGAGGGUGUAUUGGACGACCUGACCAUGGAGGCCCUUCGCGUUCUCAGCAGCCCUGAUAUCGAUGUCCGGAGAAAGGCCCUCAACCUCGCCAUGGAGAUGGUUUCAAGCAAAAACGUGGAAGAAAUUAUCAUGUUGCUUAAGAAGGAGCUUGCUAAGACCGUCGACGAACAAUAUGAACAGAAUAGCGAGUACCGCCAAAUCUUGGUGCAGUCAAUACACUCUUGCGCCAUCAAGUUCUCUGAGAUUGCUGCCAGCGUGGUUGAUCUCCUGAUGGACUUCAUUGCCGAUUUCAAUAAUAACUCCGCGGUCGAUGUAAUUUCAUUCGUCAAGGAGGUUGUGGAGAAGUUCCCUGACCUUCGUGGGUCGAUUGUCGCCCGCUUGGUUUCAACUUUGAGCGAGGUUCGGGCUGGAAAGGUCUACCGUGGAGUUCUCUGGGUUGUUGGCGAAUACUCCCUCGAGGAGAAGGAUAUUCGGGAUGCUUGGAAGACGAUCAGAGCUAGCCUGGGUGAAAUUCCCAUUCUGGCAUCCGAACAGCGACUCUUGGACGAGGUUCCAGACGAUAACACCCUCCUAUUGGAGCAUGCCAACGGCCACUCCAAGGCUGCGCCCACUGGAUCCCGAAAGGUCCUUGCGGACGGUACCUACGCCACCGAAAGUGCCCUCACCAGUCAGUCUGCGGCAGCUGCUCGUCUCGAGGCCGUCAAGGCCGCGCAGAAACCCCCCCUGCGCCAGCUUAUUUUGGACGGCGAUUACUAUCUAGCAACAGUCCUCUCCUCGACCUUGACCAAGUUGGUCAUGCGCCAUUCGGAGGUUUCCCAGGAUACAGCCCGCACCAACGCUCUCCGCGCCGAGGCUAUGCUCAUCAUGAUUUCAAUCAUGCGUGUUGGCCAAUCCCACUUCGUUAAGGCUCCUAUUGAUGAAGACUCCGUGGAUCGUAUCUUGACCUGUGUGCGCUCCCUGGCCGAAUUCUCUGAAAAGAAAGAGCUUGAGGCCACUUUCUUGCAGGACACCCGCAAGGCAUUCCGUGCUAUGGUCCAGGUUGAGGAUAAGAAGAGGGCUGCCAAGGAGGCAGUGGAAAAGGCCAAGAGUGCUGUGCAGAUCGAUGACGCCAUUCCCAUCCGUCAAUUCGCCAAGAAGAAUGCUGUUGAGGGCGGCGAAGAGAUCGAAAUGGAUCUUGUCAAGGCUACUGGUGGCGAUUCGGCCGUGGAGGAAGUGUCCUCGAAGCUCAGCCGAGUUGUGCAACUGACUGGUUUCUCCGACUCGGUUUAUGCCGAAGCUUAUGUCACCGUCCACCAGUUCGAUAUUGUCCUUGACGUUCUCCUGGUUAACCAAACCACGGAGACCCUGCAAAAUCUGUCUGUCGAGUUCGCCACUCUCGGCGACCUCAAGGUCGUUGAGCGGCCCUCUACCAACAACCUGGGCCCGCGUGACUUCCUGAAUGUCCAGGCUACAAUCAAGGUUUCAUCAACCGACACCGGUGUCAUCUUUGGUAACAUUGUUUAUGAAGGCUCUAGCUCUACUGAAACCCACGUGGUCAUCCUUAACGACAUCCAUGCCGACAUCAUGGACUACAUCCAGCCUGCUCACUGCACUGAGACUCAGUUCCGUACCAUGUGGACUGAGUUCGAGUGGGAGAACAAGGUCAACAUCAACUCUAAGGCCAAGACUCUGCGUGAAUUCCUUAAGCAGCUCAUGGACAGCACUAAUAUGGCCUGUUUGACUCCUGAGGCUUCUCUCAAGGGUGACUGCAGCUUCUUGAGCGCAAACCUAUAUGCCCGCAGUGUAUUCGGCGAGGAUGCGCUGGCAAACUUGAGUAUCGAGAAGGAGGGAGACGACGGGCCUAUCACAGGAUUUGUGCGCAUAAGAAGUCGUUCACAGGGUCUGGCACUGAGCUUAGGCUCUCUGAAGGGGCUCAAGGCAGCGGCUGCAUAA